UGCCUCCUCCUCCUCCUCCUCCUCCAGCAGCAGCAGCAGCAGCACAGGAGCUGCCGAGCCUCGUCUUUCACUGAGGAGAUCCCGACAGCCAGAGCACUAGCUAAACCUCCUCGUACAGCCAUGGCAGAAAACGCCGGCUUGGAUAACCACCGCAUCAAGAGCUUUAAAAACAAGGGACGCGAUGUCGAGACUAUGAGAAGACAUCGAAAUGAGAUGACAGUUGAGUUGAGAAAGAUCAAACGAGACGAACAUCUACUGAAGAAGAGAAAUGUCCCGCAGGAGGAAAGUCUGGACGACUCUGAUGCCGACUCAGACUUCAAAGGACAAAAUGUUACACUUGAUGCCAUUUUACAGAAUGCUACCAGUGAUAAUGCAGCUGUACAGCUCAGUGCUGUACAGGCAGCCAGAAAACUGCUCUCGAGUGACAGAAACCCUCCCAUCGACGAUUUGAUAAAGUCUGGCAUUCUGCCCAUUUUAGUCAAAUGCCUGGAAAGGGACGACAACCCCUCUCUUCAGUUUGAAGCAGCUUGGGCUCUGACCAACAUUGCGUCUGGGACUUCAGCACAGACUCAGGCUGUGGUUAAAUCCAAUGCAGUGCCCCUUUUCCUGCGACUGCUACACUCCCCCCACCAAAAUGUUUGUGAACAGGCUGUAUGGGCUUUAGGAAACAUUAUAGGUGAUGGCCCACAGUGCAGGGACUUUGUAAUCUCCCUUGGAGUGGUCAAGCCCCUGCUUUCUUUCAUCAACCCAUCAAUCCCCAUUACCUUCCUCCGCAAUGUUACCUGGGUCAUUGUUAACCUCUGCCGCAACAAGGAUCCACCACCACCCAUGGAGACCGUGCAGGAGAUUUUGCCUGCUCUCUGUGUGCUAAUAUAUCACACAGAUAUAAAUAUCCUCGUAGACACAGUGUGGGCUCUGUCCUAUCUGACGGACGGAGGCAACGAGCAGAUCCAGAUGGUCAUUGAUUCUGGAGUCGUUCCAUAUCUUGUGCCUCUCCUCAGCCACCAGGAGGUGAAAGUUCAGACGGCAGCUCUGAGGGCAGUGGGAAAUAUUGUGACGGGAACAGAUGAGCAGACACAGGUUGUGCUCAACUGUGACGUCCUCUCACAUUUCUCCAACCUGCUCACGCACCCGAAAGAGAAGAUCAACAAGGAGGCAGUCUGGUUCCUGUCCAACAUCACAGCUGGGAACCAGCAGCAGGUCCAAGCUGUGAUCGACGCAGGAUUGAUUCCUAUGAUCAUUCACCAACUGGCUAAGGGUGACUUUGGCACUCAGAAAGAGGCAGCGUGGGCCAUCAGCAACCUCACCAUCAGUGGGAGGAAAGACCAGGUGGAGUUCCUGGUGGAGCAGAAUGUCAUCCCUCCGUUCUGUAGCCUGCUGUCGGUGAAGGACUCGCAGGUGGUGCAGGUCGUCCUGGACGGCCUCAAGAACAUCCUCAUCAUGGCAGGAGACGAAGCCAGCACCAUCGCUGAGAUCAUCGAGGAGUGUGGAGGUUUGGAGAAGAUAGAGAAUCUUCAGCAGCACGAGAAUGAGGAUAUCUACAAACUAGCCUUUGAGAUUAUUGAUCAGUACUUUUCAGGAGAUGAUAUCGAUGAAGAUUCCAGCUUGAUCCCUGAAACCACUCAAGGAGGAACCUUCAACUUUGACCCAGCUUCCAACAUGCAAACAAAGGAGUUCAAUUUCUAAAAGCCACGAUGUUUGGUUCUACCAGCUGCACGGGUACUCUGUAAUCACCCCAGACGUUCAUCCAUCCCUCCUCCAACCUGGCAACCUGGUACCGAAGGAUUUACUUAGGAUAACUUCAACAUGGAAACGCACCACUGAAGGAUUUACCCACCUCUGCACUGCGGGGUGUUUUUUUCUUUUAUCUUUUAAAUGGUCAUCCCUCACAGACCACGGCAUCCAAUCAUAGGAGUCCUGGUCACUCGACAGGCGCCGUCACCAUCUGACAACCUGCAUCAGGAGGAUUGUUAAGAUUCUCUGCCAGUGCUUCUAAAUAUCACACAAAAAUAAGAGCAGAAGGAGUGAAAAGCCUUCGGGGCAAGAUUUAAAUUGCCAAAUGUCUAGUCCUCACAAAGACAAAAGCACAUUUACACUCACACACACACACACACACACACACACACACACACACACACACACACACACACACACACACACACACACACACACACACACACACACACACACACACACACACACACAUAUAUUUAUGUACACACUUUUGGACACCUAGAAUCUGUGUGCAUACUUCUGUUAGAAGCCAUCAUAUCACUUAAGGGGAAGAAAUACUGCUGUUUGUUUGUGGUUUAUUUUUUGUGCUUUCCCUCCCCUGGAUUGUCCUCUGGUGUUAAUUCACCCACGUGCACGCACACUAAUAUUCAAGUACACACUUAGUCACACUGAUACCUGAAAGCCGGGCACCCCAACAAUACUCUCUCACCCAGUUUAAAGAGUUAAUCCCAGAGUUAAGCCAUGAUUAUCCAUGGACCCCCACUGCCCUCCCAGGAGCGUCCUGGAGCAGGUGGAGGGGCGAAAGGGCUCUAAGGCAAAACAAGGACUCCGUGGCAAACAGACUGACGGGACUUCUUACUCAAUGGCGUCACUUUUUUUUAACGUGACCUGUUGAAUAAACAAACUCCAUGUUUGUUUAAAAAAAAUUCAUCAAAAAUGUGAAGAAAAUGCCAUAAUAAUUUUUUUUUUUUUUUUGUUCCAAUACACACAACGAUAAGACCUGCUAAUUGCCUGCUCCUGAUUCAGCAGAGCAACACUAUUUUUGUUCCUGUUUUUUUUAGGGGUAUGUGAAUACCCAUCAUGGGGGAAGCACCUUUUUAGAUGAAGGCGCAGAGACUUGAGAGAAAAGAAACAUGUCAGCUGUAGCGUUUAUCUCCCCCACAGGACAUCUAUUUCUGCAGCAUGAGCUUGGUCACGUCCUUUGACCCGGUGAACUGUGUGCUCUGGCCUCCCCUGUAAUGUGAAACUCAGAAGGGGGGUUUAACAUGAAAAGAAGAAAAGGAAAAAAAGAAACGUCGAGCUAAAAUCGAUCGGAAUUGUUUAUCUGACCUUAAGCUUAUUUUUCAUUUUUUUUUAUUUGUAUUCUCUUCAAAGAAAUAUUUUAGUUUCAGCUUCUGGUUGAGUCUGUGUAGCUUCCAUAUGUCGGUUUUUGCAUUUUACUUUUCUUCAGUCUUAUGCACACGUCUGAGAGGCAUAUUGAUGUCUGCCUGCAGAGAGGGACCUAUACUCACUGAAGACUAAACCUGCAUAAGGAGUACAGGUCCUGUCAUUUAUAAUACCUAACUACUUUUCAAAGAAGAGGUCACAUGUCAUCACUCAAUUUGAAUAACUGUACAAAAAUGUGAUGUGUAUCUCUCCUUGCCGUCUAAUGAAUAUAUGAAUAUAUUUACAUAAAGCCUGUACAAAGCUGCUGCAGCUGACAGUCGUUGGAUGGACGAUAACUUUACUGUCAAAGAUGGCUGGGGAGGAUUUUUGUUUUUGUUUUGUUGAAGCAAUAUUUCUUUGUUUCAUUGUUUUUAUUUUUGACUUGCAUAUGUAUUGUGAUGACAUGCUGAUUAAUUGGAUCAGAGCUGUGUUUUUCUCCUCAUGGCGGUGACGGGCUGUUUAAAAAUGUACCGUCCCAUGUCCCAGUUGGUGCGUAGGUUCGGGUUGGAGGGUGUCAAACUCUUCGCCCAACCCUCGCCCUGGUCUCGAAGACUUUCUGAUCCUCUGGAUGGCUGCUAACUACUGAGGGGGUCAGAGUAGGGGGUGGGGGGUGUCACACUGGGGUUUAAAAUAUUAUGUGGGGUUGUUAUGAGCAGCCCGGCUUGUUUUUGGGACUAGCUGUUUAUUACUGAACAAAACUAUAGAGAGGGUGUACAGUCAUGAACUAGCAGAAUAGACCGAGCCACUUUAAAGAUUUACAAUUUCGUUGCCUUGUAUCCGAAUUGGAUACAAGCUUAUGUUUGUUGCAAGAUUUUUACUUGCUAAUGAAAAGUUGUUUUAAAUAAAAUAAUAGGAGAAAAGCAACAGACAGCGUUUUGGCCUCUGAUUGUUUAUAUCUUUUUAUAAAUUUUAGAUUGAAUUCUUCUCUUUAAGGUGGCUCAUUGAUGCUUUCAACUCUUGUGCAUAUUAAAGAAAAGAAUGAGUUGAAAAUCAUUGUGCCUUUUGUUUUUCAUUUCAACUAAAACUUCAGUUUUAUUGAAUAGAAAAAAAAAGAUUCUUUGAGCAAGGUGAGAAUGUGGGAGACGUGGCUACGGUAACAUGUGGCCUCCGUGGCGUUGGAGUUUGCCAUUGAUGCUGCUCUCUUCUGUUGAGAGCGCUUCCCCUCCAGUCGUAUUCAUGGAACAUUGUAACGCAUCAUUUAUCCCUCUCAACAACCCUCCCUCCCCUCGAACACAAAAAAAGAUCAUCACCAUAUUUCAGUCAGGGGAUUUUUGAUAUCAUUGCCUCUCAUCUCGCCCUCAGGACAUGAUCUGUGUUUCUGAUCCUAACCAAAAUAAACUUGAUGUUUAGCCACUGGAUCCUC